AAAGAGAAUACUUAAUAAUAAGGGUGAGCAUCGAGCACAGCUUAAAAAAAUACGAGAGAGAACGCGAUGCAUCGAACAAAAACAAGGAUGAUAGGAUGACUUUACCAGCUGCAACUACCACCAGAAGACCAGUAUCAAAUUUAAGGAAGGCACACACAACACAACACACUUUGAUUUGAAUCAGAUUCAUUCAUCUGAUUACAUUUUAAACUUUUUACACUUGCUGGAACACUAUGAGUUCUGCCAAUGAUGAUCACGAGUGCCUCGGUUGGGCAGCCAGAGAUCCAUCUGGUAUUGUUUCUCCAUAUACAUUCAAUCGCAGGGCUGUUGGGAGUGACGAUGUCUCAAUAACCAUUACUCACUGUGGAGUUUGCUAUGCGGACGUAGUCUGGACCAGAAACAAACAUGGAGAUUCCAAAUAUCCUCUGGUGCCCGGACAUGAGAUUGUUGGGGUUGUGAAAGCUGUUGGCUCGGGCGUUGGUCGUUUCAAAGUAGGCGACCAUGUUGGAGUGGGAACAUACGUCAACUCUUGCAGAGAUUGCCACUAUUGUAGCGAAGGCCUUGAAAAUCAUUGCCUAAAAGGAUCAGUAUUCACUUUCAAUCAUGUUGAUGCGGAUGGCACCAUCACCAAAGGAGGCUAUUCCUCUUUCAUUGUUGUCCAUCAAAGAUACUGCUUCAAGAUACCUGAUGGCUAUCCACUAGCCUCAGCAGCACCUCUUCUUUGUGCUGGAAUUACCGUUUAUUCUCCCAUGGUUCGCCAUAAGAUGAACCAACAACCCGGGAAAUCUUUUGGCGUCAUUGGGCUUGGUGGUCUUGGCCACAUGGCAGUGAAGUUUGGAAAGGCAUUUGGCUUGAAUGUAACAGUUUUCAGCACAAGCAUUUCCAAGAAAGAGGAAGCUCUGACUGUGCUUGGUGCAGACAAAUUUGUAGUAUCAUCUGACCAAGAACAGAUGAAGGCUCUGGCCAAUUCUUUUGACUUCAUGAUUGACACUGCAUCUGGAGAUCAUCCAUUUGAUCCAUACAUGGCACUGUUGAAAAAAUUCGGUGUCUUCGUCUUGGUGGGGUUCCCAAGCGAAAUCAAACUGAGUCCUGUAAACCUUGUUUUGGGUAAUAAAACCAUUUGUGGGAGCCUAGUAGGUGGUACAAGAGAGAUACAAGAAAUGUUGGAAUUCUGUGCUGCCAAAGGAAUACAACCCAAUAUAGAGGUGAUUCCAAUUCAGUAUGCAAAUGAAGCUCUCGAGAGGCUAAUAAAAAGUGAUGUCAAGCACCGGUUUGUCAUUGAUAUCGAAAACUCUCUCUAAUGAGACCCUGCCUGAUGCUGAAGGCAUCUCAAACCAACUCAAAAACACUAUGUCAAGUGGCUGAAUAACAGUGGUAUGUUGUGUGUGAUUUGGACGGAAUUUGGAGUGCUGUGUUGGACUCAAUUGUGUUCUAUUUCAACGUUUGCUUUUAUUGGUUUACCUUUGAAGAAUUGAAGGUUUUAGCAUACCAACUACCAUGGAUGGUAAUAGUAUAAUAAAAUACUUGACAAAUCCACCAA